AUGAGUGAAUAUAUUUGUGUUGCUAACAAUGGAAUUCCUCCAGAUGAUUCGCUAACAGUUAAAUUAAUGGUAUCAUGUAAGUCAAAGAACCUAAUUAUAAUGGGCCUAUGCAAAAUAAUAUUUUGUAAUAAAAAACAUAUUUUUCCUAUGCAGAAAAACGUCGAAAAAACAAAAUAUACAAUUUUUUGAGUAAAGACAGCGUGAAAUUGAGAGAGUGCAGACAGACAAAUAAGUUUUUCUGUAUUUUUUGUGCGAAAAACUAAUUUGUCUGUCUGCAGUCUCUCAAAUUCACAUUGUCUCUACUCUAUAAUUGUAUAUUUUGUUUUUCGACGUUUUCUGCAAAGGAAAAAUAUGUUUUUUAUUACAAAAUAUUAUUCUGCAUAGGCCCAUAACCCUAGACUAACAAUUUCAGUCAAACCAUUGGCUCAAGCACAAUCUCCGCGAGUUCACGCGGGUCUCGGAACAACUGCGAGAUUAGUUUGCACAUCAGAAGCUUGGCCGAGACCACAAAUGAGUUGGGAGAAGGAUGGAGAGACGAUUUAUGAGAAUAAUAACUUUUCUAUGGUAAGCAUGCCAGAGAUUAGUGUCUUAGUGUCAAAAUCUGCUGUAAAUUCGAUUUUGAACAUGGGUUAUGACGUGGCAAAAUUAGAAAAUUUCUGACUUUACAACUCGUAAAGUUAGGAAUUUUCUAAUUUUGCCACGUCAUAACUCAUGUUCAAAAUUGAAUUUAGCAGUCGAUAUUAUCGAAAAUCUCAUCGGUACCACGCGCUCCACCGAAAUAAACACGCAACGCAUCAGACCGCGCCGCGCCACAACACACAAUAAAAAAGGGAACGAUUCAAAUUCCUCCCUUUUUUGUUUGUGUUGUGGCGCGACGCGGUCUGCGUUGCGUGUUUAUUUCGGUGGAGCGCGUGGUAACCGAUGAGAUUUUCGAUAAUAUCUACCAAAAAACCAUACUCCAUACAAAAUUUGAUGUUUUUAGUCGCACACAACUUCUGGACAAUAUCACACUGUUCAUAUUCUCGAAAUUCGACAUGUUCAUCAUCAUAAUUUUGGAAAUUAUCGAUGUGUUGCCAAAAAUGAUAAUGGAAUCAGUCAUUCAGAAGUUGAACUAAUUCGUAAGUCGAAUCCCUAACAUUUUAUAGAGAAAUUUAAUCAAAAUUUGUCUACAGAAAAUCAUAAUCACCACCAUCACAAACAUCAUAAUGACAAAACACACUAUUUGAACACAAAUGUUGUUCCUGAAGGUAAUUUUGCUUCUCCACCUACAUUUUCCACUUUCUUGCUUGCUGUGCACCUUUUUUUUCACUUUUUUUAAGGAUCUGCUACGAAUUUUGGGAUCACUGUAGAUGAUGAAGAUUCUUUGGGUACUUCUAAGCAUGAUUAAAGUAUUUAUUGUGAAAAGCUUUCCUUUUUUGCAUGUUAGAUAGACCUGUCCGCAAAAACACUGCAACCUCAUAACUCAACGUGUUUUUGCAGACGAAGUUCCGCCUCCACCGCCACCGGAAUACGAUUGGGUGAAGCCGACAAAUGCGGCUGGUGGAAUUGCACGUAGACAUCAUGAUACGCAACAACACUCUCGUUCAGGCAUGAUAAAACACUUUCAAAAACAUUAUAUUCAAAUUUCCCAACGAAAAUCCUAAUUUCAGAGCUUCGAUCAGUCAAUCAAUCAUCUACUUCAUUAUCCACAAUUUUCACUUUAUUCGCCACUUUUGUUUUCUUCUACGGGUUCUAA